AUGUCGAUCCUGCGCCUGAUCUCUAUCCGGUCGUGUCGCGAAUUAAACGACACCCAACUGAAGGAUCACCUUCACAAAUCCAUCAGUGAGAUAGAAUCACUACUCCAAAGCGUGCAGAAAGAGAUCCAAAUCGACAGGAAAGCGUUACGAAGUAUACCCUUCGUACCCAACGCCACGAAAACCGACUUGGACCUUACAGAAAAAGGGUGGGACGAUACUCCACAGAAGAAAACCACUUUAGCUGUUCCUGCCACUAUUCCCAUAAUACACCAGCGUACUCCUUUGACACGACGUAUAACCUCUAAGUGUCCCAUACCUGAGGAGACAGCAUCUUCAAAGUUCUCGCAUUUCGAGCAGAUGCCAAUAUACUACUAUCAACAUCCCGAACCUCGUUUGGAGUACGAAUAUCCUCCAAGAUUAACUCCAAAAUUUUAUGAAUCCGAGGAGUAUUACGUGGCUCCGGGUUUAACUUUUACUUUUACAUUCGUUCCUAAAAAACCAACUUAUCCUACUAUGGAUUUUAAACAGUAUCCAGAUGUAUCUAGGCCGUUUCUUUCGACACCUUCUCAUUCUGGGUCACCUUCGAAACCUUAUCCAAUCACGCCCAUGCAUCCAGUGCCGUCUGUGACUACUCACCCAGCCUUGCCUGUAUAUCCUUACCCAGAGCAGACUGUACAUCCUCCUCACCCAGAGACGCCAAAACCUCCUCAUUCACCAGAUCCUCCUCACCCAGAGACGUCAAAACCUCAUCAUUCGCCAGAUCCUCCUCACCCAGAGACGUCAGAACCUCCUCAUUCGCCAGAUCCUCCUCACCCAGAGACGACAGAACCUCCUCAUUCGCCAAAUCCUCAUCACCCAGAAACGACAGAACCUCCUCACCCAGAGACGACAGAACCUCCUUACCCAGAGACGUCAGAACCUACUUACCCAGAGACUUCAGAACCUACUUACCCAGACCCACCACCACCCGUGCAUCCUCACCCAGAGCCACCCUUUUAUCCUCACCCAGAGCCACCCGUGCAUCCUCACCCAGAGCCAUCCGUGCAUCCUCACCCAGAGCCACCCGUGCAUCCUCACCCAGAGCCACCCGUGCAUCCUCACCCAGAGCCAUCCGUGCAUCCUCACCCAGAGCCACCCGUGCAUCCUCACCCAGAGCCACCCGGGUAUCCUCAUCCCGAGCCACCCGGGCAUCCUCAUCCCGAGCCACCCGUGCAUCCUCACCCAGAGCCACCCGUGCAUCCUCACCCAUUGCCACCCGUGCAUCCUCACCCAGAGCCACCCUUGUAUCCUCACCCAGAGCCACCCGUGCAUCCUCACCCAGAGUCAUCCGUGCAUCCUCACCCAGAGCCACCCGUGCCUCCUUACCCAGAGCCACCCGUGCCUCCUCACCCAGAGCCACCCAUGCAUCCUCACCCAGAGCCACCCAUGUAUCCUCACCCAGAGCCACCCGUGCAUCCUCACCCCGAGCCACCCGUGCCUCCUUACCCAGAGCCACCCGUGCCUCCUCACCCAGAGCCACCCAUGCAUCCUCACCCAGAGCCACCCGCGCAUCCUCACCCAGAGCCACUCGCGCAUCCUCACCCAUUGCCACCUGUGCAUCCUCACCCAGAGCCACCCGUGCAUCCUCACCCAUUGCCACCCGUGUAUCCUCACCCAGAGCCACACGUGCAUCCUCACCCAUUGCCACCCGUGCAUCCUCACCCAGAGCCACCCGGGCAUCCUCACCCAGAGCCACCCAUGCAUCCUCACCCAGAGCCACCCGUGCAUCCCCACCCAGAGCCACCUCCUCAUUCACCAGAUCCUGAUGAUCAUGACCUACCUAUAACUUCUUAUCCCAUCCCGCCCACUCUUCCUCAGUCACUCCCACCCUUUCCUUCUCGUCCACCGAAGGGAUUUAUCCCACCAGCAACCUUAGACCCAGGCAUUACUCCUGAGCCAGGAGCUUACACCUUCGGACCAAUACCAGAACCCCAGACGUAUUCACCAAAAACAACUACUGCGGAUGCUACUCCUCAUACCUUAAACCCUGAUCUAACUACUGAGCCAGGGGAUUACACCCUGGACCACCUGUUUCCACCAGAUAUCUUAGUUAUACCUCUUAAAGCUCGUGGAGCUAAAAAAUCAUUAAGAAUGCCUUCAAAGACAUUCCUCUCUUUAAGGAAUAUGGUUGGAGCCCAACGUGCGUCUCCAACCGGUGACAUGGGGGUCCAAAGUACUCCUCGUGUUGGUCGACAGGGAGUCCAAAGUACUCCCCUUUCUGGUAUGGGAGUCAAAAGUACUUCUAUGGAUCUCCUGGGUUUCCUAAGUACUGCCAAGCUUGGUGACCCACAAAAGUGGUUAACCCAGACUACAGUAUACAAGCCUGUUGAGACGUGGGUCAGUGAAUUGUUUACGAAAAGUAUGGACCCUACGUUUAACGAAAAUGCAAAUGCGAAACAUCCUCAAGCCGAAGACAUUCAAGCAAGGAGUUCGGUAGCCAACAAUAUGGCGACCACAUUCUCGCCAGGUGUUCGUCAAGGCAGGCCUGCUAGUCCUACGCAUCCAGACGAUUAUGGCUACUCCACGGCUACGGGACAACAGGAUAAGUUUAUUAGUGAGAACAACCUAGGUAUGGUGGCGCUUGGAACUACCCCGGAGGCUGGAGACCACACCAUGACAACCAUGAUCGAAGGAGCACCGGCUUACAGGCCCUAUGAAGUCACCAUGUCUACCGCGGCCGGAGACGUGUUGGCAGGACGUAUGUAG